AUGUAUUCUGAUAAGAUUGCAACAUUCGAAUCUCACAAUGCCGCCGCGUGGGAUGCAGAAUCAGAGAUAGGCGACGUAGAGAGGGUACCUACUUCGGCAAAUAGAACCGGACUCAGACCCGCUGUCGUCCAACAAGAAUUGUUUCGUUCUAAUCCGGCAAGUCGAGGACGCGAUAAUGGUGUACGUGGACGUGGGAUUAACGGUGGUGUUCGUGGACGUGGUAUUGAUAGUGGUGUUCGUGGACGCGGGCGUGGAACCGAUCGUGGCAGCGGCCGUGAUGGCAGCCACCGCGGUGGCGGCGUCACUCGAGGCAACUUGAGUGGUAAUGCUAGCCGUGGCGGGCACCAUUCCGUUCCUGCUGGACGUGGUAACGGACGAUUGGUCGAGAGUGCUCCUCGGAGAGGACACUUUCGCGAUGGUACUGGUUCAAGCCAUGUACCUUCAAUUACUCAUCGUGCUGACCACGAACUACCUCGCCGUCCCGUUCUCAAACCACGAGAGCCAGGUGUCAAUUCAAACACAGGUUGGGCCAACCCAACUCCUCUGUUGACCGAUGCUCGAAAGGUAUAUCUAGAAAAUGAAGCUGCUCUACGCAACAACACCAAGCGUUUCUUGAAAAAGCCCGUUGAUGGAGAGCUUUAUUCAGCUAUUGGAUUUUACCAGUGGCCAGUGAAGGAGGAUAGUCCCGAGGAUCUAUUUCGUGAACAACUCAAGGACCUUGACCACUUGAAGACUGGUUGGAGAGUUUUUAUCGAUUGGAAUAGUUCACGCAGAUGGUUAAGAAUCCGUGCACCGCCACCAUCCGGCCAGAUCGAGGUGACCGAAGUAAUUAAAGGUAUCAGACAAGCUGUCGAGAGUGCCCGUGCCCGUGCGAUCAUGGAUGCACCUGUUUUUAUUGUUGUACCACCUCGACGCUCGACCGAGUCUACUCUCCUUGUAGCACGUGCUGAUAAAGUUCCUCGAUCCGAUGGCCAGAAGCAUUUGUAUGAUCUGGAGUUCUCAAAACAGCCUUCAAUUGAGGAAUUGAAAAAGCAAAGUGUCUCGCGCUCUUCGAAGGUGGAAGCUAAUGUCGAAAAGUUUCGUACGGAAUUAAACAAGAAUCUAAACGAGCUUAGUCACCUCAAAGACCGGAUGCAGAUGCGAGUAAACUUUGGAGAACUACAUCUCACACACUGGCAGACUGCUUUGACUGAUGGCAAGCAAACUUUGGACGGUUUCAUGAAGAUGAUGAAGCGCACAAGAACUAGGGGCGUAUUCGAAAAAGGCGUCGAUCCUCGAAUUGUCAAAUGGAUGAUCAAUAUUGUGAGAAACAACUCUGCCAAAUUUAUGGUUUGGAGUGCCACAGACUAUAAACUGUCCGACGUAAAGCCAAAGCAUAUCGCAAAAUUCGUCGUACAAAACUCAUCCGGGGAAACGUUUACGAUCGAGGGAGAUAUUGACAAGACGGAUGGAGGAUACCAAUGUGGCGCUGUCAAAGUUAUUGAGGAUGAACGUCGCAAUAAGCAAAUUGACUGGAACAUCGAAAUCGUAUCCGAGACAGCUGGUACCAUGCCCGAUGACUCAUUCCAAGACUUGGUCGAGAGCUGCUUGCAGCCAUUCGUCCGUAGGGGAAUGAAAUCGCAAGCAUUGGAGGAGCGUGUAGACAAGUACGGAUUCCCAUAUCCUAAGAUCGCUCCUCGUAGCCAGCCUGGUUUGCGUGUUGAUAAGGUCACACUUCAAAGUAUCUACAGAUUCAAAACUUCCUCUGGUGGUUACUGCCUCGAAUUCACCAUCAACAGAGACUGGGUUGGUCUUAAAACCACAACUGAGCCCGUGAUCUCUGCUGGCGUUGCAAUGUUUCACGAUCAAUGGGACACGGAGAUGGAAUCAAAUGAGCAUACCACGGUAGAUCGCGCUUGGCAGAGAGACAUGAGCAACUUCUUUCCGAUCGAAGGAUUCAGGGGUUUUAUCGAACAACUUGAUUACAUCCUCGAUGGUUUUCACAAGUCAAAAUCCCACUUUUCAGACUAA